GUUCCAGUGCGCAUGCGCACUCCGCCCAGUUUGGAAACUAAAUGCGUCAACUUUUGUGUUUGUAGAUUUUAUCCUCGCAUCCUGUGGGAGUUUUUAGGACAUGAGCGAAGAUGAAUGAGGAUGCAUUCGAGGUCCCGGAGAGGACCGAGUACCGCUACCUGGUGCAGGAGGAGGAAGAGGAGGAGGUCCAGUAUGUCCGUCACAGACACUACAUCAGCCCCGUCCUGGUGCUGUCCAGACGCUGCAUCUUCCUCAUCUGCCUCAUCGUCCUCGCUCUGCUCAUCCUCGCCACCUACCUGGGAUACGUGGCCCAAACACUGCCGCCGGGCCUUGCUCAGGUGUCGACGGACUGCGGAGAGUUCAGAGGACGACACCAAAAUGGAGCCUACUCCUUUAAGGGGAUACCUUACGCUGCUCCGCCUGUCGGUGACCUGCGUUGGGCUCCUCCAGCUGAUCCGGUUUGCCGGAGUACGGUGUCCGACGCCGGACGUUUCCGCAGCAUGUGUCCUCAGGUGAGGCCGCUGUCGAGCUCAGGGAAGGUGAUGGGCCAGGAGGACUGCCUCUUCAUCAACGUUUGGACGCCUUCGCUGCAGCCCAACGCCAAACUGCCCGUCAUGGUCUGGAUCCAUGGAGGAUACCUGCACAUGCUCAGUGGAGGGGAGCCGGGAUACUCACCCACGGAGAAGCUCGCCGCUGACACGGAAAUGGUUUACGUCAGCUUCAACUACAGACUCAACGCCUUCGGCUUCAUGGCUCUGGAGAUGCUGAGAGAAGGUUCUCCGAGAAACACCUCAGGGAACUAUGGCUUCCUGGACCAGAUCGCAGCUCUGAAGUGGGUCCAGAGGAACAUCCACGUGUUUGGAGGAGAUCCUGGGAAAGUCACCAUAUUUGGACAGAGCUCAGGUGGGACCUCCGUGUGGACCCUGAUGAUGUCCCCGCUGGCCAAAGGUCUUUUCCACACGGCGGUGGACAUGAGCGGCUCGUGCAUCUACAACGCAACGCUGGAACAAGCCGAGUCCGACAACCUGGUGUUUCUGAGAAAGACGAGCUGCAAGGAUGUGGCAUGUCUCAGACGUCUCUCUGUCAAACAAGUCCUGCAGGCCGUCCCGUGGCAGGAGUACCCCUCCUGGGCAGCAGAUGAGUUGGUAGACCUCCCCACUAAAGGCCACUUCAUUGGCCCAGUCGCAGUGGUUGAUGGAUACGUCCUCGAAGCUCCACCUUUCGAGGUUUGGGAGAAGAAGGGAAGCUACAAUGACGUCCCUUUGCUCAUCGGGACGACGGAACAGGAAGUUGACUUCAGCCCUCCAUUUGAAAACAUCUCCAUGUGGACAUGGGGCGACUACCAGUGGUUUGUGACAGAUAAACUUCAGUCCUUCGGUGAGAAUCUCCCCAAAGAGGCGUUAAAGCUUUACCCGAGCUCAGCAUUCUGUCCCACCAAAGACCGCUGCCCAGAGCGAGCCUACACCACCAUGGUGUCCGACAUCAGGGUCACCUGCCCCAACAGCGACCUGGCCGGGAGGGCUGCAGCGGCCCUGAACAGUCCUGUGUAUCGGUACUUGGUGACUCAUACGCCGUCCGGACCGAUCAACACGUCCAGCCCUCUGCUGCCGUUCCCCAGCCGGUUCUCCUUCCACUGCCUGGAUGCCGUGACAUUCUUCGGAGGGCUGGAGCUCGUUCUGGGAAAACGGCUUUCAGACGAGGACAGGAGCUUCCAGGAUCUCAUCACACGACACUUUGUCAGCUUUGCCAAAACAGGUAAGAUGGAGGCAGACUGGCCUGAAUACCCAGCAGCCACUGCUCUGUUGUCCCACAACCUGACGGUGGUCCAGAGCUACUCGGCGGCUCGGUGUGAGCUGUGGAAGCAGAACGGCCUGUUCGCCUACGCCUGGAUGAACUGAGCACAGACGGCAGCUCAAAGCCGCUCUGUUCUGAAACCUCACCGGAAAUCCUACGUUUUGUCGUUUUGAAGUCAGUUUAUUACAUUGAAGUCUCACAUUUUCCCACUUAACCCCUUCGUGGUAUCUCUCCAUGCUGAUAUUUCUGUCUCGGUUUCAGAACACCUACUUCAGCUCCGACACAAAGGACGUGAAUGAAAUUUGAUUUAUGAAUCCGAUUGUAGUGAAAAAUGAGCUUUUGUUGCAUAAAAACAUUGAAUAGAAAGCACCUGUCCAGAAACAGUACUGUUAUUUUAAAGGUAAUAGAAAAUGGAACCUGUCUGUACAGGAUACCACUGGAGGAAAGUGUAUUUUAUGUUUUAAUAUCUGCCCUUUAGCAGGCUUCAUGCAUGAUAAAGAAGCCUGGAGCCUGUUGAACAUGAAGAAGCUGGAUGGAAGCAUGUUGACCAAAGUGGGCUGCGCAGUGAAGAUAAUGUGAUUCAAGAUUUGUGAAGGGUUUAGAGGAAAAAGAAAGUUAUUUUUAUACCAUGUCAGUGUAAAACAUGAGGUGUCCUGUGUUGGAAAGUGACCAUUACAGCAUUACAUUAAGGGAAAAUUAUCAUCCAGAAUGUUUAAGAAGUUUUAUUUCUUCGAUAUGCAGAAGAAAGCAUGUUGUUAAAUCUGUCCAAACAACUCAAACAGGUGCGCUUUGAGUUAGAAAUAGUUCUCCUGUUACCGCUAAAAUGCCAAAAUUCUGACAAACAGUGACGCUAAUGAGUAGAAAUCUCCCAUAAUGUAAAACAGACAACACAUUACAGAAUGAAAGGAGUCGGCAGCAUCUGGCUUCUCAUGAAUCUGUAGUUCUGCAACGUCUGAAUCCUAAAAAUAUCUGAUUUUUAACACUCACAUUCCUCCUGUUUCACAGACUUGGAGACGUCACACUAAUAAGGAAAAGAGAUGUUGCUGUAUCUGCAUAAAUAUAACAUCAGAAAGGAGUAAUAUUCAUUGUUGAGUGUUAAAAUUAUAAUAAAAAACAAAUUCAGAUUGUAGAUAGUGGAAAUUACUGCUUGAAGAACUUAAAGGGAAUUCAACUUUCCACGUCAUUUUAUUUUUGCAUGGAUUUCUGUGGUCUAAUCAGGGAAAACUUUUGAAAUGUGAAGUGGAUUUGAGAAGGUAAGCUUGAUUUUUGUAGCUGUUGUUUUAACCUGUGGACGCCUGACGAGCUGCAGGACGUUUGCCUUGUGAAUUUUGUCGAGUUCUGCUGUUUGCACUGAUUUAUAACCUCAACGCUUUGCCACUAACUAUGUUGCACUUUCCUAUGAACUUAUGCUAUCACCUGUGUUUGAUCGAAGUCGUAAUUAAACUGAGCUCACUCGUUUUAUUUCAUUCCAGUUUUUGUGAAGCUGAACCAUACUUACACUCGUCUUUAUUUGAACUAAAUUACAAAUAAAGUUAAAAUCUGGUUGUUUUCAACCAUCUGUCAUGUUUUUUUUAAUGAUUUGCAGACAUUCAGGCUUCAUGUUUUGCUGUAUUGGUGCAGUGAAAGUCACCCUUUAUAUGCUGAAUAAACUGACACUAUGUGAAGUAA